UGCAUCGACCACUCUAGCGAUCAGAUUAACACAGCAUUAGGAUCAGGUGGUAGUUUCUCGUCCCAGGCAAAUGCGUAUAUUAUACCAUGCAACGCAAAGCUACCGGAUAUGACGUUUACUUUCGGAACCGCAUCUUUCACCAUCCCAGGCUCCGAUUUGGUUGUUCGAAAAGGAAAAGAAGUAUGUGAGAGCGCUAUUACCCCAAGUGACCUUGACGGAGAUGUGUCAUUUCUCCUGGACGAUACUUUCUUAAAGAACUAUUAUGCCUACUUCGACAUGAAUGGGUCAACUAUCGGCCUUGCCAAGGCUAAACGAUAA